UAUAUAAAGGCAACGCCUCGGGCCUUGCUCGUCAGUUUGGCUUACUUCUUCGCUUUCCUUGAAAUGGCUCGCACGAAGCAGACGGCGCGCAAGUCGACGGGCGGCAAGGCCCCGCGCAAGCAGCUGGCCACCAAGGCGGCCCGCAAGAGCGCGCCGGCCACCGGCGGCGUCAAGAAGCCGCACCGCUACCGGCCCGGCACGGUGGCCCUGCGCGAGAUCCGCCGCUACCAGAAGUCCACCGAGCUGCUCAUCCGCAAGCUGCCGUUCCAGCGGCUGGUGCGCGAGAUCGCGCAGGACUUCAAGACCGACCUGCGCUUCCAGAGCUCGGCCGUGAUGGCGCUGCAGGAGGCGUGCGAGGCCUACCUGGUGGGGCUCUUCGAGGACACCAACCUGUGCGCCAUCCACGCCAAGCGCGUCACCAUCAUGCCCAAGGACAUCCAGCUGGCGCGCCGCAUCCGCGGGGAGCGGGCGCGCGACGCCUCGCCCGCGAUGCGCUCGAAGAUGUCGUUGACGAACGAGUUCAUGAUGCCCAUGGCCUUGGACGAGAUGCCGCUCUCCUUGCGGCUGCGCUUGCGCUUUUUCCCGUCCUUCUUCUGCGCCUUGGUCACCGCCUUCUUGGAGCCCUUUUUGGGGGCCGGGGCGGACUUGGCUGGCUCAGGCAUGGCGCGCAGACCCAAUCAGAAGGCCCAUCAGGUCGCUCAAUUCACGGCGCGGAAUUUGAAGAUUCGGACCAAUCAGGAGGACGUUGCCUUUAUAAAUAAGAGCCAGCGCAAAGGGACUUUCAGUGGGGCGUCUGGUGUGCAUUUUCCCGUCAUGGCUCGCACGAAGCAGACGGCGCGCAAGUCGACGGGCGGCAAGGCCCCGCGCAAGCAGCUGGCCACCAAGGCGGCCCGCAAGAGCGCGCCGGCCACCGGCGGCGUCAAGAAGCCGCACCGCUACCGGCCCGGCACGGUGGCCCUGCGCGAGAUCCGCCGCUACCAGAAGUCCACCGAGCUGCUCAUCCGCAAGCUGCCGUUCCAGCGGCUGGUGCGCGAGAUCGCGCAGGACUUCAAGACCGACCUGCGCUUCCAGAGCUCGGCCGUGAUGGCGCUGCAGGAGGCGUGCGAGGCCUACCUGGUGGGGCUCUUCGAGGACACCAACCUGUGCGCCAUCCACGCCAAGCGCGUCACCAUCAUGCCCAAGGACAUCCAGCUGGCGCGCCGCAUCCGCGGGGAGCGGGCCUAACUUCUUAACGAAGGAUCGCCGACCUUAAACCCAAAGGCUCUUUUCAGAGCCACCUCUCAUUUCAAUUUAAAGAGCUGUAGCCUGGGCAGUAGUGUCCGCGCAGUACUUCCUCUCCCAUCUCUCUCCUCUCCCCCCACCCCCCCACCCCAGGCCAUGUGGGAGGACCUCUAGGGGCGGCGGCAUUUGCCAAGAUUUGAGUAGCAUUGGUACCUGUCGCGGGAGCUGACUCCCCAGCUUCCUACUCUGGCCUCCACCUGAACACGAGAAACUUCUGGAUCCUUACCUUGAUUAGGCCGAGUGCGCCCUUUGAGGCCUCUUGGCACUGCAUCCUCCAGCGGAGGGUGUUUGACAGUUCUUGGCUUUUCCUUCCUGCCUUCGACCAUGUGGAGUGUAGUGAAGGGUUCAUACGGCCGCCUUGGGCUCGUGUAUUUACCCGGUCUACGAAGUAGUAGCGGCAAUUUACGUCCAAUCCCGAAAUUGACCCCUCAGGAUUUGGGAAAUCUACAGAGCAGCUGGCUAGAUGCCACUUUUAAAGGGCAGCAGUUGAUGCGGGACCUACCCGGAACCCAGGCGUGGGUUUUCACAUUUCAUUCUGAAAUGACAGGAAGCGAACUGGGUUCCUGCGUUUGAUGGGGCAUGCGCACACUGAUGUUCAUGAAGGCGUGCUGAGUCGUGCGUGGGAGCAGUGAGGUGGCAGUGCGUUUAUUUCUUUACUGAGCAAUACAUCCUCCAGUAAAGACCGUCAUCCUUUCUGGGCUGGAAAUGGAGGUCGGGUACCGGUACCCCAAACCUGGGUUCCACAGCAGUUCCAGAGUUCAUGCAGCAGCACUAGCCACAGUGUGGGCAGCAGCCUGUCUGUGGCACUGCGCGGGGCGCCAGUGCACCAACCCUGGGGCCUGGAGUGAGAGCUAAGUAUGUUUAGCCUCCCCCCCCCCCCCCCCCCCGGAAAUCGGCGUGUCGCAGCUCGUGACUGACUGAAAAGUCGAGGUUGUGCAGAAUGUGUCUACACCCCGUAUGAGAUUCACGUAGUCUCUAAGGCAGGACUCAGAGCUUUCACAGGUGGUGGUGAAUAAUCUGUUAAUCCUCAAAGAACCAAGGAGGCAACAGCUCCCAACUUUGCUCAAACAAAUUCAGAGUCCUAUGACAAUCCCCAGCGCCAUGCAGGAUUUGUACGCGCAGUCAGGUCUUAGGGACAUCGGUAAUGGGGAACUCUUAGCCUCAUCCCAGGGUUUAUCCCGCCGUGAGGUUUAGGAAAGGCUGGAGGUUUUUCAGGAACCAAGCGAACAGCUCUGCGUGUCAGUGGAAACACAAAUCCCAUGGCCGGAGCCACAGGACGGGGAUACCAGCAUUUAUUCAGCAAACACUGGAGUCUCUUGGUGGGGUAAAUCCUCGGCUACAGAACCCAGAAGUCAGAUUUCAGAAACAACGGGAACUAUGGUUCAGUCAGUGCAAUACUUUUGAACCUUGAAGCAACCUGGCAAAUGAUAAUAGCAACACCGUGGGAUUCCUUUGUGACUAUUCAAAAGGUUAUUAGGCUCCCAGAUAGCAUAGCAGCACUUUUGUGUCUUAAAAAAUGUCAGUUUAAGGUGGACUGCAGGAAGUACAGAAUAACACAAAACUGCCAGGGGCAGGGGCAAAACAACCUGGUACAUGGAAGUUCACGGCAGCUUUAUUUGCAAUAGCCCUAAAUUAGAAACCACUUGUAUCUUCCAAUGGGUGGAUGUGAACUGUUUUCAUACACCCACGCAUGGAUUCCUGCUGGGUGAUAAAAAGGGAGGUUAGUGAUCCAGAUAACAGCUUGCAUGGAUCUCAAGGGCUUAAGGCUUAGUGGAAAAAUCUACUGGGGAGGAACCCAUUUUCCUUUACCCUUGGAGGUUCUUUGGCUGUAAAUUGCUAUAGAAACAAAUUAACAGGAGAAAAACAAACUUAAUUAUGUAUGUGUGGGAGCCCCAUCAGAGUAUGAGACCCAGGGAUAAGUCUGUCAGUUGAGAUUGAUUGAUUGAUUGAUUGAUUCAUGCAUUCAUGCAUUCAUUCAUUCAAGUACUUAUU